CUCCCUCAUAUAAUUUGUACUAGGAGAACCAGCGAGAUGAGGCAGGCGAUAAAAGGGCUCCCUGACAGCUUUUAUCUGUGACUAGACUGUUACAUGAGAAACCAUGCUCCAUUUCCAGGCUCGCUGCCAUGCUUCAGCUUUACGUAAUUUCGUAGCUCAUUAUUCUGUUAAAAAAGUAGAGAAGCCACUGGACAAAGUGCAUUAUACAAAACUGUUCAUAAACAAUGAAUGGCAUAAUGCAGUCAGUGGGAAGACAUUUCCAACUGUGGACCCAUCUACUGGAACUAUCAUUACUGAAGUGGCAGAAGCAGACAAGGCUGAUGUAGAUCUUGCGGUUGAUGCUGCAAAGCAAGCCUUCAAGCUGGGAUCUCCCUGGCGCUGUAUGGAUGCGUCACGAAGAGGUCAGCUUUUGAAUCGUCUUGCAGAUUUUAUAGAGAGAGAUAGAGAAUAUUUGGCCUCCUUGGAAAGUCUGGAUAAUGGUAAACCCAUUUCAAUGUCUUAUAAUAUGGAUGUUGGGGAAACAAUCAAGAUAUAUAGGUAUUUUGCAGGGUUUGCAGACAAAUGGCAUGGAAAGACUAUCCCUAUGGAUGGAAAUUACUUUUGCUAUACCAGGCAUGAACCAGUUGGAGUAUGUGGUCAAAUUAUUCCAUGGAAUUUCCCAUUGGUAAUGCAGAGCUGGAAACUUGCACUAGCACUAGCCACUGGAAACACAGUUGUCAUGAAAGUUGCUGAGCAGACACCACUAUCUGCUUUAUAUGUAGCUUCUUUAAUAAAAGAAGCUGGAUUUCCUCCUGGUGUGGUGAACAUCUUAACUGGCUUUGGGCCUACUGCAGGGGAAGCAAUAUCAAGACACAUGAACGUUGACAAAGUUGCCUUCACAGGCUCCACCAAAGUUGGCCGACUAAUUCAACAAGCAGCUGGGGAAUCAAAUCUUAAAAGAGUAACACUGGAACUUGGUGGAAAAAGCCCAUGUAUUGUCCUUGCAGAUGCUGACCUGGACGAAGCAGUAAAGCAAUGUCAUGAAGCUCUGUUUUUUAAUAUGGGUCAGUGCUGCUCGGCAGGCUCCAGAACCUAUGUUGAAGAAUCUAUUUACAAUGACUUUUUAGAAAGGACCAUUGAGAAAGCCAAAUCAAGAAGAACUGGAGACCCCUUUGAAUUAGACACAGAACAUGGGCCACAAAUAGAUAAGAAACAAUUUGACAAAAUUUUUGACUACAUUAAAAGUGGUCAAAAGGAAGGAGCCAAGCUAAUGUGUGGUGGAGAACGCCAUGGGAAUGAAGGCUUUUUUAUCAAGCCAACCGUCUUUGCUGAUGUCCAGGAUGACAUGAGGAUUGCAAAGGAAGAAAUAUUUGGCCCUGUACAAUCAGUAUUUAAAUUUCGAAAGAUAGAAGAAGUUAUUGAAAGAGCAAAUAACUCAAAAUAUGGACUGGCAGCGGGUAUAUUCACUAAAGACUUAGAUAAGGCAAUGCGUUUCACUCAAGCAUUACAAGCCGGUACAGUGUGGGUCAAUACUUAUAAUAUUGUGGGUUGUCAGACACCAUUUGGUGGCUAUAAAGAAUCAGGAAAUGGAAGAGAGCUUGGAGAGGAUGGACUUAAAGCUUACACAGAAGUCAAAUGUGUGACAAUAAAAAUUCCACAAAAAAAUUCUUAGCAAUUUGAAAGUCUAGAGAGAAUGUGCAAAAAUGUACAAUAGA